AGAAAUUUUGGAAAGAUCGCUCACCUCAUUAGAUGCUCGCAUGAUUACCUGUCCUUCGCUUGCUCUGCGCCUCUUAUUACCACGAGCCAACAUGCUACUAAUCUCACUCAUUUUGUGACACGUUUAUGAUCACAGCGAAUUAGCGGGAACUGGGAAAUAAAGCAUUAGGCGUUGCUUGAAGAAAUAUGUUUCAUAUGCAUCAACGGUAUCGUAAAAACAGUUCAUUCCAUAAUUUUUCCGGUGCUAGUUCAAGUCAUCAAGUGUGGAGGCAAUCGCUGCCAUGAACCUUGCGCACACGAGCUGCUCCGUUUGUUCUCGGCUAUUUUGCUUUUUCACUCACUGCCUGAUGGUAGCCCAAUUCCCACGAGUUUGAUUGCAAGGCUGGUUAUCAUCAUAAUUCAUAAGUUACGCCAUUGGUUUACAUUGCCAUCCAGUACCGACAGAAACCAGUACAAGAGUUUGAAAACCAGAAUCACCAACCUGAAUGCAAAAAUGAAAGAUAUUUUGAAGAAAGGAUCUGAUCUAGAACUUGAAGCAAUCAACCAUGUAGGCCAGAAUGGAAGGUCUGAAUUUGCAUGGGAGGCGGUACUUGGUGACUUCAGUUUAGGUGACAUUGAAAAUGAGAAAAAUGAAUUGAUUGAUGUGUUGACAGACAGGAAGAGCACAAAGAAAGUUGUUGCAAUUGUUGGGGUUAGUGGAAUUGGCAAAACUACACUGGCACGGAAAAUUCAUGAGGAUCAUCACACAAGAAAUGCUUUCAGUAUUGUUGUAUGGGUGAAUGUCUUAAGUGGUUUCGACGAUACUGGAUUACUGUCUGCAAUUGUAAGGGCUGCUGGUGGAAAUCCCAGAGCAGAAGAAAACAGGGUGCAACUUGAGGCAAUGUUGGCUGCCAUACUUAAAGGAAAGAGAUUCUUACUUGUACUUGAUGAUGUACGUAAUAAUCAGAUUUAUGAGAAUUCACUGGAGGCUCAUUGGCAUCUAUGUGGUCAUGGAAGCCGAAUUUUGAUCACCACUCGUGAUGAAAGUGUUGUUAUGAGAGUGAAGGAUGCUCACAUCCACCGGGUUAAGAAAUUAAGUUUUCAGGACUGUUGGUCCUUGCUUUGCCGCAAUGCUUGUCUGGAUGAGAGCGUCCAUGGUAACACUUUAAGGAAUAUUGGGAUAUCAAUUAUCCAAAAGUGUGACAAGCUCCCAAUGGCUGUAAAGAUUAUAGGUGCUGUCCUAAGAACAAAGGAACGAACCCAAGAGGCCUGGCAGAGGGUGCAGGAAAGUGAAGGAUGGCUUUUCAAGGACCUUCAAGAUUAUGUCCAUGGCUUAACUGAGGCCAUCUUUCUGGGUUACCAUGAUUUGCCAUUGCAUCUGAAGCAAUGCUUUAUUUAUUUAUCAUUGAUCCCUGAAGGCUCUGUCAUCAGGCAGCAGUUUGUUAGUCAACUGUGGAUUUCAGAGGGUUUGAUUGAGGAACGAGAUAACUGCAGUCUUGAAAAGAUUGCAGAGGAGUAUUACAGGGAGUUGUUAUCAAGAAAUCUUCUGCAACCUGAAACUGGAAAUGAUGACACAAGAUGCAGAAUGCAUGAUCAAAUUAGAUCUUUUUUGCAGUUCUUUGCCAAAGACAAAUUUUUCUCUGGUGAUCUGAAGACUACUAUAAAUGGAAAUUCCAGUGAAGCACUGCGGCACAUGUGGAUUAGAAGCAAUGUACCAACUACUGUUGAAGAAAUGGGAACUAUGGCAAGCUUGAAAACAGUUAUUCUUUACAAGAUCCCGUUGGGCAAUCGCAGCUUAGACAAGCUUUUUAAGGGGCUCAAGUAUUUGCAGGUUUUGGAUCUUGGUGGUACUGAAAUUACAUAUGUUCCAAGGACACUGGAAUCUCUGUAUCACCUUAGGCUGCUAAAUCUUUCAUUAACACGAAUUACAGAUCUUCCAGAGUCCAUUGAGUCUCUCACAAAUCUAAUGUUCUUGGGUCUCCGGUAUUGCAAUUGGCUGCAUAAUCUUCCAAAUGGUAUUGGAAAGCUGCAAAAUUUGCGAAAUCUUGAUCUUCGCGGAACCAAUUUGCAUCAAGUCCUACCAAGUUUGGAAAAUCUGAAGCAGCUUUCCACGCUGCAUGGCUUUGUAGUAAAUCGUAAACCCAAGCGCGAGGAUGAUCCGACUGGGUGGCCUUUGGAAGACAUAAAAUCUCUUGAUGCAUUGAGAAGCCUACAGAUUCUUAGGUUGGAAAGAGUCUCAGAUUCUUCGAGGGUGCAAGAAGCCAUGCUAGAAGCGAAGUCACACCUUAAGGAGCUUGAACUAUGUUGUAGCAAUGAUGAUAGACAAUCUGAAGUACAAGAGGAAAAUGCUAGAGCACUCAAAGACAUAUUUGAUCGGCUUUCUCUCCACACUGCUUGAAAUCUCUCAAAAUAGUGAGCUAUUAUGGAAAACUUUUCCCUGAUUGGCUACCUAAUCUCUCAAACCUCCAGCGCCUUGUUCUUACUGAUUGCAAAUUCUGUGAGCAUCUGCCCAAUUUGGGCCAGCUAACUGAACUCAAGUUUCUGACAAUAACCAGCUGUUCCAAGUUAGUUACCAUUAAGCAAGUGCGUACAAGUACCACUCAUGCAUUUCCGAAGCUAGAGAAGUUGCACCUAAGAAACAUGGCCAAUCUUCAAUCAUGGAUAGGUUUCGAACCUGAUGAUAUGCCUUCACUUGUGGAAUUCCAUCUGGAGAAUUGUCCUAAGCUGCAUUACCUGCCAUCUGGGAUCAAGAACUCAGGAGCCCUCAGAAGCAUGCAACUACGCUAUGCCGAUAGCCUGCAAAUAGUUGAGGACUUGCCUGUGCUCCAAGAAUUGGUUCUCCAAGCCUGCAAUGGACUUGAAAGAAUCUCAAAUCUUCCAUCACUUGAAGUUCUGGUAGUAAUAGGCUGCUCGUGGUUGAAGGAUAUCACCGGAGUCCGCCUGCUUCGUCAUGUCCGCAUUAUUGAUAGAGAGCUAAGAGAACUUCCAGGUUGGUUUGCAACUAAUGCAUUAAUGCUGCAGACAUUCACUAUAGUUGGCGCAGCAGAACUGCUUCAACGAUUACUUCCCAAUGGUGAAGAUUGGGAAAUUAUUCUUCACAUCAGGAAAGUUUUUGCAAACCUACCUGAUGAAUCUCCAUUUUUCACAUACACAAAAAGCUCUGCUGAUUUCCAUGUUGAUCAAAGCAUAGGAGAACGAGGCAACUCACCUGUUCUAUCAGGAGCUGGAAUUCCACAUGAAGCACUAUGUGUUUCACUUGAUAAUUCUGUUGUGAGGACCUCACGGAUUGGGGCGCUUAGAGAACAAGUCAGGCGGAUAUCAACUCUAAAGACAGCCAUAAGACGAUACCUUGUUCUGUAUCUUAUUAUGACUAUCAUUGUUAUGCAAGUUCUUUCCUAUUUGCUUCAGAAUAGGACAAACAGAGAGAUUUGGCUUGUUCAGACCCUUGUCAUCUUCUUCACAACUGUGUUAUUGCUGUUGCUUGUAUUUCUUGAGUGAUGGUUUUCUCCUAUCAAGCUGCAAUCAGAUGAAAAAGAACCGACAAAUCAAUUUCAAAUAGUUACAUGCUCCGCAGAAUUGCAUGUCCGCUUGAUGUGAAUCAUGGGAGAAUGUGGAGAAAGAUUCUCAAGUUGAUGCCUCGAGCGCCAAGAGAAGACACAGAUGCAAUGGUGUUAAUCAAGGUUUUGGAUGUGCUCCAACAUUGUGUGUGCAUUGGUGAAAUAAGACUGUGGAAUGAUCUUACAUAUAUGGAAUCCUGGAACAUAAAGCAUAAAGUUACUCAGCUUGGUUAGAACUUCGUGGCAUCGUUUGCCUGUAAUAUAUGUUCAUGUAUCUUCAUUGCAAUUACGAGGAUCUAUCUAUUGCAAUUAUGAAGAUCUACUGCUCAAAAGAAAAUGAUUAUCUAUAUAUUGGUGCAAUUAUGUAUCUUAUGUUCCCUUUUGAGUUGGUUUGAA